CUCCCAGCAGCGCACCAUCAUCAACACGGCGGAUGUGAAUGAGGACAACGUGCUCGCGUCAGGAGGCGACAACGGGUCCAUCUGGUUCUGGGACUGGAAGAGCGGCCACAACUUCCAACAGACACAGACCAUCGUGCAGCCAGGGUCGCUCGACAGUGAGGCGGGCAUAUAUGCGAUGGGAUUCGACGUGACGGGCAAGCGGCUGGUGACGUGUGAAGCGGACAAGACCAUCAAAAUGUGGAAGGAGGAUGAAAAUGCCACCCCGGAAACGCAUCCCGUCAAUUUCCGGCCGCCCAAAGACAUGCGGCGCUUUUGAGUCAAAGGUUGUGUGCACAACAUGCAUAGCUAAUGAAUGGGUGUCAGGAUCAAGCCAUGUUUCAGGUACCUAGCAGCUUAAUACCCACUUUUUUUUGCUCGUGUAGUUGUGAUUGUGUACGUGGACUGGGUUCUAUUUUAUGAUUCGUGCAGAUGAUGGCACAUGGAAACGAUACUGCGCCA